CGCUGAUGUUGAAAGCACUGUGUUUCUGAACGCCACGAUGACAACAAGGCUGCUUCUGUUCCUCUGCCUGUUUGGAUCUGCCCUUGGUGAAAUAACACCCAAUGUGAGCUGUGUGGUCGUAGAUCUGAGGCAUGUUUCCUGCAUCUGGAAUCAGCAGGGGACCCCAGAGGUCAACUACACCUUCAUCAGCUGUUUCCACUAUGAAGACACAAGAGUGUGCACCAGCUAUCUAUCAGAGAACAAUGUGAACACUGGAUGUAUCCGACCGUACGCCGAAACACAGAGAUUCAGGACAUUUUACACUAAUUUGGUGCAUGGAAACAACAGUUUUACAACCAAACAUGAUCUCAAACAUGAAGUCUUGUUGAAUCCACCAACCAACGUGACGGCCCUGUAUGGAGAGGACAGGAACUUGUGUUUUUAUUGGAAUCAUACUCAAAAUUGUGUGAGGAGUGAAGUUCGCCACAGGAUGAACAAGAAAAAUUGAGAGUUCUCCGUUCUUCGUGAAGGGGCACAAAGAUACUGCAUCUACUUGGCCUCGAGCACUGAUCAAUACGAGCUUCAAGUUCACAGUAAGUUGGACGACGCCUGUGGAGCGUCAAGAAACUGGAGUAACUGGAGUGAACCUGUGGAAUGGGGAUCCAACAGCGGCCCUGGACUAGCUUGAAUCCUCCAAAGGCUUGGUACCAUGGGUCCCAGUCCUCCCUCACCGCCGACCAAACCGGCUGCUCAGUCUGCAUUCCUGUGAACGAACUGUAGGAACCGUCCAGGCCUCCCUCCUCCAAGUCCCGUCAGAAGCUUCAGGGAUCUGCUGAGGAGCCGCUCCAAUCAUGUUUUGAACUUGAAAUUGCUGCUUGACUGUGUGAAUGAUUUAUUAAACAAAAACAGGUUGAACCACAUAUCCACCAUCUUCUGAAAAUCUCACGCUAUGAUAUACAUGUAUUUUUUUGCAUCUUCAGAUCCCGCUUUAUUUUCGUCUAUCAUAUGGCUGCUUUGUGUAUCAUGUAACUGCAUAGCCACAUAUACUGCAUUGCAAAUAAACAUUGAAAAGGA